AUGCCUAUGACACCUAAUGGCCGUAAACGACGUAGAUUGAUAACUACAGAGAACGACUCUGUUGCAGAAUUUGAGCUUCACUAUUUUGACAAGGAAAAUAAUAAUGGAAAUAAAGAAGAUAUGAGAUCCCGCUUGAUGAAAACUAAAAUUAAAGUUCCCCUAUCUACGACUCUUGAGAAUGCUCACAUGCUCCACAAUAAUGCCCACAGGAUUGGAUCGGGGUUGUUUGAGAGAUUUAGACAGGCUGAAAUACUAAAUGAGGACGGUAAUAUUAAAGGUAUUGAAGAGCCUGUACUACCAAGAGGCACCGAGUACACGUACGACGACCAUUGCCCAAUGAAAUAUCAGGAAAAAGGCGAAGAGCAAGAAGAAGAAGAGGAAAAAGGGCGAGAGAAGGGAGAAAAUAAAGAAAAGGGAGAAGAGGGAGGAAAACGAAAAGAGAACGAGGGAAAAAGAGACGCCAAAAAUAUGCAAGCUUCCUCAGGAUUACCAGUUUUGCCCCGAAGCGAAGACGAUCAAGGAGAACCCCGACUUGGUUUCUCCAAUGAUGUUGACCAAGAUUUUGAUAUCGGAGUAAAUGAAAGAAAUGCAAUUCUUGAACUACCUCAGUCACCAAGUGCUGAGCUGGUUCAACCGUUAUCAGGUGAGCUGCCAGCAUUAGAAUAUUCUGAAAAAAAGGGGUCAACUCCAAGACUUGUUAUCGAUAAACUAGUAUUAACAAACUUCAAAUCUUACGCGGGAAAGCAAACUAUUGGACCUUUUAACCCUUCUUUCAGUGCAAUAGUUGGUCCUAAUGGAAGCGGGAAGUCAAAUGUGAUUGACGCAUUGCUUUUCGUCUUUGGAUUUAGGGCCACCAAAAUGCGACAGAGUAAAAUCAAGGAACUCAUUCACAACUCAGAGGAAUUUCCUAAUUUAGAUUCAUGCUCUGUCGAUGUUUUGUUCCAUAAUGUUAAUGAUGAAUCUGAUGGUUCAUGUUCGAGUCUAAAAAAUAGUGAACUGACAGUUAGUAGACAGGCUUUUAGAAAUAAUUCCUCAAAGUACUUCAUUAAUGGGAAAGAGAGUUCGUACUCGAGUGUCACAGAGCUGCUUAAAUCGAAAGAUAUUGAUCUAACACAUAAAAGAUUUUUAAUUUUGCAGGGUGAAGUCGAAUCCAUUGCACAGAUGAAACCCAAAGCAGAGAAAGAAAACGAUGAUGGCUUACUAGAAUAUCUCGAGGACAUCAUCGGUACGACUAAUUAUAAACUUGAAAUUGAAAAACUAAUGAAACUUAUCGAGGACCUCAAUGAGAUCUGCAUUCAAAAGGAGGAACGCUUUGAAUUGGUGGAGAGAGACAAAAAGGCUUUGGAAAGCAAAAAAGAAGCCUGCUUUGAAUUUUUGAGAAAGGAGAAACUACUUGUUUCCAAAAAGAACACCAUGUUUCAGGCAGUGGUGAUGAGUGAUGGAAGAAAAAUCAAUGAGCUUCAGACUGUGGUGGACGAACUAAAUGAGUCAUUGGAACUAGAAAGGUCACAGAAUCAAACUGUUAUGAACGAGAUUCAAGAUUUGGAGACUGAAAGCAAAAAGCUCGUUCGACAUGCAGAUGAUCUGAAUCAGCAGCGCAUAGCUCUUACAAAGAGAGAAAAACAAAUCCAGAAAGAAACCGUAUCUGUUCAUGAGAAAUUGAUCCAUCUUGAAAAAACCAAGCAAAAAUCAGAAGAUAUUAUUGUCUCUAAUAAAUCUCAACAAAAACAUCACACAGAUUUGAUUUGUGAUUUGGAGCUUCUAAUGUCAGAAAACGAUCGUAGGUUGAAAGAACUGACUAAUUCUUUAAUGAACAAGAAGGACGAAGUUCAGGCAAUAAAAGUAUCAUUAGCAGACAAAACGAAAGACUGCAACAUUCAGCUGGAGAUUCUCGCAAACAAACUUGAACCUUUUAAGAUCAGAAAUGACGCGAAGGAAAAGGAAAUAAAGGUUGUGGAAUCUAAGAUAGAGAUACUAAAGAAAAGCAAACUCGCAGCAUUAGAGGAGAUUUCGGAUUCACAAAAGCACAUACAAGACUUGGAGACUAAAUAUGCAGAACUUUUAGCCAGCUUGCAAGAAAAGAAUGAGAAAUUGCGAGAAAUCUCUCUAGAAUUGGUCCAAGGAGAAGCGCAGGUAAACAAAUAUGAUGAAGCUCUUAAGAAAAUCAAAACUUCUCUUAAUGAGAAACAAAAUCUAUAUCUAGAGGCGAAGUCGACACUAAAUGAACAAUCCAGUGAAAAUACAGUGCUUUGCAAGCUAAUGAACUUACGAAAGCAAGGGAUAUUGAAAGGCUUCCAUGGACGUUUGGGAGACCUCGGCGAAAUUGACUCGAAGUACGAUAUCGCCAUCUCCACAGCUGCAACUUUGAAUGAUCUUGUUGUUGAGGACGUAGAAACUGCUCAGCUUGCGAUCGAGUACCUAAGAAAACAUAAAUUAGGUUUUGCUCGUUUUAUUGUCCUCAAUAAGUUGAAGAGCAAUAUGAAAUCCAUUGACACUCCUUACAAUGUGCCCAGGCUGUUCGAUCUUAUUAGGGCAAAAGACUCGAGGUUUCUACCAGCUUUCUACAGCGUUUUGCGGGAUACUUUGGUGGUAAGCUCGAUAGAGCAAGCUAAUAAUAUUUUUGCAAGUAAGAGAUCUCGGAUUAUAACUUUGAAAGGAGAACUGGUUGAAAUGUCAGGCACUCUCACAGGUGGUGGUAGGCACAUCAGGAGUGUAAGACAACUAGAGGCAGAAUAUUUGACUAAGGAGCAAGCAUAUAAGAAAGCUGAAGAGCACUUCCUCAAAAUGCAGAAUCUACUAAGUGAUUUUAGGCAGAAGCUACCUAGUCUUGAAGGUGAGAUCAAGGAACUCAAAGUGGAAACUGAAAUUGUAAAGAAUGAAUUGCAGAAUGUUCAACAGAAUCAUGAAAAUCUUGUGAGAAGGAGCAAUAUUACUGUUCCUAAAGUUGAGAUGGAAAUUCUGGCGGAGGGUCAUACACGAGAGACCCUCCUGGAUGAAUUUAAAAACCUUAAGUCCAUGUCUGCUUCUUUGGAGAACCAAAUAAAGGAGAUUGAGAGCAGAAUCCUCGAAAUUGGAGGAUUAGAGUUGCAACAAAAACAUAGCCAAGUCGAAUCAAUUAUUGAACAGAUUGAAGCUAUACAUGAGCAAAAUUCAUCUUCGAAACUUAAAACGAAACGACUAGAGAAUGAAAAUUCUAGAUUUGAUAAAUCUGUUAGACAACAUACAGAAAUGAUUCAAAAGUGCAAAUUGGAGAUUAUGGAUGUAAAUAAAAGUGCUGGUUCAAGUAAGGAAUUGCUCAAUCUACUUCGUAAUGAUAUCGAUGAGCUGAAUACUUUGUCCAAUGACAAUAGUACUAAGUUAGAACAGAUUGAAAUUGAUCUGGAACACAGAAGAAACAAAGUCACAAAAUUUAGAUCGACCGAAGUCGAGUUGCAGAAUAGUAUUGAAAAGCAUGGAUCAAUAAUCAAGGCAACUAAAAGAAGGGUAGAGGAGUUGAGAAAAACGCAUAGCUGCAUCAAACUUAGAGAUGUUUCCGAACUUUUAUCAUGGAUGGAACCCGGAGAAACAAAGGAUGACCUAAUCCAGGAUGAAGCUAUCCUAAAGGAACUUUCUCCUGAAGAACUGAAGAAUGUAGAUUUAGAUCAAGUAAGGCAUGAUCUUCAUGCCCUUGAGGAGUUCAUGGUAUCCAGUAAAGUUGACGUCGAGGUGCUCUUAGAUUAUGCAAAGCGUUAUCGUGAGUCUCAAGAUAGGAAAGCAGACCUAAAUUCCUCCGUCUUGAAACGUGAUUCUUUGAAAAUCAAGUGCGAAGAACUAAAGAUCAAGAGGCUGGACGAAUUUAUGUUGGGAUUUAAUACCAUUUCCAUUACUCUUAAAGAAAUGUAUCAGCUGAUAACCAUGGGAGGAAAUGCCGAGCUCGAGUUAGUGGACUCUUUAGAUCCUUUUAGUGAGGGUAUUUUAUUCAGCGUGAUGCCUCCUAAGAAAUCUUGGAAAAACAUAUCUAACUUAUCAGGCGGUGAGAAGACUCUUUCAUCAUUAGCUUUGGUUUUCGCUUUACAUCGAUACAAGCCUACGCCAUUGUAUGUAAUGGAUGAAAUAGAUGCUGCCUUAGAUUUUCGAAAUGUGAGCAUUGUCGCCAACUACAUCAAGGAGCGUACUAAAAAUGCUCAGUUUAUUGUUAUUUCAUUGAGAAAUAACAUGUUUGAGUUAUCAAAGCAAUUGGUUGGAAUCUACAAGGUGAAUAAUAUGACAAGGAGCAUCAGUCUACAGAAUAUAGAUAUUGUCCACUAG